UUGAACUUUGAUCAAUAUAUAUAUUUUUAAUAAAAUUACUACCUAGGUAAUACAUUUUAAACUUGAAUGGCAAUAUAAAUUUUACUGUAGUAUUAAUGUCUUAUUUUUUUUUUUUAGGGGGAAGGGCCUAUUUUUUAUUUUGCACACCCUGUGACCCUGUCUAUGAUAAGCCUGCGCACAGUGCACACCUGUGAUUUACAUAUAUUUAGAUUUUAUAAAAUUCUUAGAUUUCUCCACUUAAUGAGUGUCCAAUAAGUAGUAACACAGAAAAAUAGUAAUAGUUAACAAUUUGGUCUUUGACUGAAUGUUUAGAGAAAAAAAGAGUGACUUAACUAAUGUAAAUGUAUUUUUUAAAUUUCUUUUUAAAUGUUUCCCAAUAAAACGUUCAGUUUGUCUAAUAUUUAUCAAAGAAACAGUGCAAUAUUUUGGAAAUAUUCUUAAAAUGUAAAAGCAUAUUAAAGGUAGCCAGAUUCAUAUUUAAAUUUUUAUUCGAUGAAUGAUAUCAUAUUAAUUAAUUUAAGCACUUUUUUCGUGCGCACAAAUCCUGACUUUUGAAUUGACGACAAUGUCUUCCACGGGUGUUGGCCUCUGGGUCGUGAUACAGAUCGACGCAACCGUGUGAAAUCAAUACGGCGGCGGUCGUACCUAAUAAUAAGUAAUAACGCCUUUCCGCGUGCGGCACACAUCGGCCGUCUGCACUGACCAUGAUAAGGACAACAAGGUGUGAUCGGGACUUUUUGACGGUCAUAUUCUUCCAAAGGCAAGUGACGUAGAGUAACAUAAUAUGGUAUAAUAAUUUAACGGCAGUAUGAUAAUACCGGAAAGCAAGUGAUGUGUGCGCAGACUUUAACCAAAACUGGACCUUUGCGAUCGUACCACGAUGUUUUUUAUCAUAUCAUUGGCUACUGUAAUCAACUGUUGUAGUGCCAUAUUGGCAUAUUGCAUUAAAUAAAAUACAACUACUGGCUCUUCGCCUCUUCCGGCUCCGGCACCCCACCGUUCACAGCGACUGCGUUCUGGCGGCGAAAUAGCCUGCGAUGGAGAGUCGAUAAUAUCAUAAUAUCAUAUUAUCACAUUAUUAUUAUCAUUUUCUGAUACUGAGAGAGUCGCGAUAGGCGGCGAUAACGGCCGCCGCCGAGUAUGCAACGUUUUGCACGGUUCGUCGGCGAACGGGAAGCGCGACGCACAGAUGUCGCUACCAUCGCGAUUUUUGUCUUCCAUGGCCGCCGUGAACUCUGUGGCAUGUGUUCGUGUUGUCGUCCAUUUUGCAAUGCUAUAAAUUUUCUAUCGCAAACCCGCACGAAUGAUAUCCCACUGAAAUACGUUACGUCGCCACACUCGCCGUCCGAUUGUUGUUGUUGUUGUUUUCCUCGUUGCGGUCCCGUCCGGGUUUUCCUCCGUUCGGCGGCGGUGUGCGCCCUUCGUCCGCCCGAUUUCCCCCCGCACGCGUAUUCUCGACGGACGACUCGCGGCGGCAGCUGAGUCGCACACAAAAAAUCUAACCGGACCACGACGACGGACACCACAUAUUACGGUGAUCUGUAAGUACCAGCUAGCAGUCGUCGGGUCGCCGACUGGCAAACGGCGGACAGAGUGGACCGACGAGACCGCCUCCAAGUCCGGUGCGGUUUAAUAGCGACACACACACAUAUAUAUAUAGCUUCGUUUGGACGUUUGGACUCCCGUGAUAGUGGUCGUGUGCGUGUGUGUGAGCGCGCGUGCGUAUGUGAGUGCGUGUGUGCGUGUGUGUGUGUGUACACGUUCGUGCCACCGCCGCCGUCGUCUACUGUCUAGUCAUAUAAGGCUACUCAGUGGAAUUUGGCGUGUGUGCACAUGGUUUAGCUUCUACGGCGGUGUGGACGACUAAACUCUACGGGUAAACGACAAAUUAAAAAUUAAAAUUCUCGCGGAACCGCAGCAGCAGCACUCUACGGUCGAAAAACAUGGUGUGCGCCGCGAUCCGCAGUUGAGAAAUAAUACACCUCGCUGUCGUGGCUGUGUCGAAAACGCUACGCGCGCGCGUAUCUCGCGUAACAAUUCUCGUGUUCUCGACUUUCUGUCGAUCGUUGCCCGUCUCGUCGUCAAUACCGUCCGCCGACGGUUUCGGUUUGUUUUCCUUCUUCUGCUAUAAAUGUUCCUGCGCAAGGAGGCGGCCGAAACAGCAGGAUACAUGUACAUGAAUGGGGACGUAGGGAAAAUUUCAAUUGGGACACAUUAUAGUCCCUCCGAACCACUGACUGUUUCUACUGCCACAAACACUUCUUACAGUUCCAUAAAUGGAAGUUAUGAAGUGUCGGCAUCGGAUAGUAGAAGUGGUACAGUAAUUUUAACUGGAAAAAAUAGCACAAUGGUUAACGCUGAGACUUCUACUGAAAAUAUGCCAUCGCAAUCAGUAGAACAACUCAAACAACUUUUAUCAAAUCAGUUAGAAUAUUAUUUUUCAAGAGAAAAUUUGGCAAAUGAUGCAUACUUAUUGUCACAAAUGGACAAUGACCAAUAUGUUCCAAUAUGGACAGUUGCCAAUUUUAAUCAAGUAAAAAAAUUGACUAAAGACAUUAAGCUGAUUACUGAAGUAUUGAGAGAGUCACCAAAUGUGCAAGUUGAUGAUGAAGGAUUAAAAGUCCGUCCAAAUCACAAACGUUGUAUUGUUAUUUUGCGUGAAAUUCCUCAAACUACUCCAAUUGAAGACAUUAAGGGAUUAUUUGCUGGUGAAUCAUGUCCUAAAAUGAUAUCAUGCGAGUUUGCUCAUAAUAAUUCAUGGUAUAUUACUUUUGAAAAUGAUGAAGAUGCACAAAGAGCAUUUUUGUAUCUUCGUGAAGAGGUUAAAGAAUUUCAGGGUCGACCUAUAAUGGCACGUAUCAAAGCGAAGCCAAUGAAUCGCAUGGCUGCACCAAUAUCACCUGGCGCUGUUGCUGGAAUUCCGGGUAUCAAAACAGUUAAUGGUUUUAGAACUCCGCCAAUGCAAGCUCAACCUAUCAAUCCAUAUAUAGAUCAAGGUCCAGGUGUCACACAAUCGGGACCUCCCGCACCACCCCCUCAACAUCCUCAAGCUGCCAGAUUGUUUUAUACAAAUGGAGGUCCAGCUCAAUAUGCUCCAGUCAAUUAUGCUGCUGCUAAUCUGCAAGUAUAUUUACAGCAGCAGCAACAGUCUCCAUAUUAUCCUACAAAUAUGAUUCAACAUUGGGCUCAUCCUGCGACAGGCGCCUAUUACACAACUGAUCUUAGUGGCAUAUUUUCUGUGAAUGGAUUGGCUCCUCAAGGAGCUUUUACUAAACCUCAGAAUUCAAGAUAUAAUGUUUCACGGGCACCUGGUCGAACCAAUGGAAAAAUGCGUCAUAAUUCUGUUGGUGGUAGUGAAUAUUACCGAAGUUCAGCUUCGGAUAGUGGUUUACCAUCUCGUCCUGGAAGUUACACAUCAAAUGGAAGUCUAACUAAGUCAUCUAGUAGUAGCGGAUCAUUGCAUAUUUCCAAUGCAACCAGAAACUAUGUUGACAAUCAAGAUUCAACUGUAGUUGAUAGACAGUCUAGUGGAACAAUCAACAUCCCAAAAGAUCCUACAACAUUGCCACCAAGAUAUAGGCGAAGGAAGAAAGACGAAGAAGUAGGACCAGAAGUAGUAACCACAGGUACUAUACCUCAGCCACCAACUGGUAGUUUUGAUUUGGCUGCUGAUGCGUUCCCUCCGUUACCACCUCAAGUUGUGUCUAUACCACACCAAUCACCAACUUCAUUGCCCCAUGACCAGUUAUCACCUCGUAUUAACAUUGAUCCUAGGAUUUCUGUAAUUUCAACUUCGAGUAUUUCAACAGUACUGUCUGAACCCUCUGUAUCUAAGACUGAUGAUGAUAUGGACCUAACUGUGAAUUCAGAGAGUCUACCAAAUGGUUUACAAACAGUGCCUCCUGUUGGGUCUGUACCUGUGACUGCAAUUGUUGAUGACAUAUCAAAUAUGUCUCUGAGCUCUAUUAAUAAUUUGCACCCAAAGGUUCAGGAUAUUGUUACGACUUCGAAUUCUAUAAUAAAUCCUACGGAUAAGACUGUAAUGCCAGCGAAAUCUGACAUGCCACCUACUACGCCUAAAGCCAAUGGUACAUCUCUUAAUACUAAACCAACUGUACCAAAUCAUAAGGCUGCUUUGCCAUCACAAUGUGCUUGUGUCAUACCACAACCACCUGCUACAUUUUCUGCUGAUAUGGCCAACAACAAUCCUGUUCUUAAUGGGAAUGGUUCUCCAAAUAUUGGUCAUAAACUAAGUUAUGCACAAGUAGCACAGCAUCACAAAGAAAGGAAUGAGAGCCAUAUCCCUACCAUUAUCACAUUUGGGCAAUCUCCUAUUGUAGAGGAAGAAAAAAAAGAUGAAACCAUACCUGUUGUGAUUCCCCAACAAUCUAAACAAUCAAACCUUACAGCAGAGGGCCUUCAAACAAAUCGGUCUGGUAAAGGACACAGAACAGCAAAUAGUGAACGGGGAACAAUACCCAGGAAAGGAUCAUCAAAAUUCAAUCGUACUAAGUCUCCUAAGUAAAAUGUAGAUAAGGCCAGAGUAUUAGUUGUGACUCAACUUAUAAAUAACGGUUCU